GAGAGGGAUUCGAAUUUUGUUUACGAAAACGAUAGGCAUGAAAUUCCGUUUUGGUGAGGAUUCAAUUCCAUUGUACUACUCAACCAACCUUCCAUGGAGAGGUAAUUAAUCAGGCUUUAAACCAAUAACUGUUUAGAUCUCGAAUUACUUGACGCUAUAGAACUAUAAGAUCCUAUUAAUACUAGUAUUCGAAUGUAAUUUCACGAAUACGUCCAUCCUAUUACGCAGCACAAACCAUAGUGAAGGGAAACGUCAAAAUGAUGAAAUUGUCGAAAUUAUGUCUGUCGUUAGUCUGAAAGACGACAAAGAACACAAUGGUAUCAAAACUUCGAUUGAUGCAAAACAAAGUCCGUCCGUGGCGGAUGGUUCAUAUGGAGUAACAAAUGUGCAAGUAGAAUCUGAUAAAUCCAGACCAGCUACGGCAACAUUUUCGGCCAGUUCGAUCGUAUGCAGGAUAUGUCAGACUCAUUCCGCCGAUGAGAUCCUCAUUUCACCAUGCAACUGUAAAGGGACGUUAGCUUACGUUCAUUUGCCAUGUUUAGAAAGAUGGUUGAACCAAGUAAGUAGGACAUAUUGCGAAUUAUGCAUGUUUCGAUACAAUUCGAUUCAAACUCAACGAUACGGAUUAUGCGAGAGUUUAAGAAUUUGGAUUCGCCAUCCUCGCAACAGAAAUCACGUUCAAUCGGAUUGCGUCAUCGCAGCGCUUCUUACAACAGUCACAAUCGGUCUUAUAGCCGUUUGUAUUAUGGGAAUGCAGUAUUUUGUGCUUGAAGCGAAAAAAUUGGGUAUUAAUCAGAUCUGGACUAAGGGAUUCGUGUCUGUAUUUUUAUGUAUCAUUUUACUUGGAUAUGUUAUCACCUUGUAUUUAAUGAUCAAAGAUCAAUUUUUACCCUGGUACCAUUGGUGGAAGACUACUGUUGAUGUAAAAUUACUUUUAAAUCCUUCUGUAACAAUGAUUGAAAAGCAUUCGACAAACACGUAAUAAGUAUUAUUAAUAAAUUUAUUUUGUUUUUAA